AUGGUUAAUAGAGCACUUAAAGUCCUCGGGUUCAUCAUACGUAAUACUAAAUUAUUUAAGUCGGUUGGAUGCCUUUGUACUUUAUACUAUGCCCUUGUCCGCUCUCUUCUUGAAUUUGGAUCUGUGAUCUGGCAACCGUAUUUAGUCAAAGACCAGCUACGACUUGAAAGCGUCCAAAAUAAAUUUCUUAACUUUAUUGCCUUCAAAAUGAACAUUUAUCACGAAAAUCAUGAUUAUUCCAACAUAAGGCAAGUUUUGAACAUCCCAACUCUUACCUCUCGUCGUGCAAAAGCAGACUUAGACUUUCUAAAUUUAAUUCUAAGUGGUUCUUUGGACGUUCCUGAUCUCCUUGCAGCUAUACCAUUCAGAGUUCCUUCUCAUUCUUCCAGAAACCAAUCACAAUUUUAUGUCCCAACCCGCAAGACCUCGUAUGGGCACAACCACACUCUACACCGCAUGCUCAGAGCUGCGAACAACCAAUAA